CCAUAAUAGCGUUUGAGUCUUAUUGACAAAACUUGUCAGUUUAGGUUUAUUUGUUGACUUUAUAUAUUUAUAUUUUGAGAAUAUUAUUACCUUUUAAACCAAAUAAUUAUAAAAAUGCCUCCAAAGAAGAAAGGCGGUGGCAAAGGGGGGAUGGGAAACAUUAUUGAUGGCGUGGAUACAACUCAAAUGACAAGAGAACAACUAGAGGUAUUUUGUUUACGUAUAAAAGAAGAAAAUGAAAGAGAAAGAGAAGAACGUAAUUUCUUUCAAAUGGAGAGAGAUAAACUACGAACCUUUUGGGAAAUUACUAGAAAUGAGCUUGAAGAGGCGAGAGCAAAAUUGCGUAACAAGGACAGACAGAUAGAGGAGGCGGCAGAAAAAAAUGAAGACGAGCUGAAAUUUUAUAAGCAGAAAGUGAAACAUUUGCAAUAUGAGCAUCAAAAUGCGCUCACUGAAAGUAAGGCGGAGGCUCUCGUUUCAUUGAAGACCGCUCAAGAUGAGCAUACAGAACAGGAGAAAGAAUUGCUAAGGGACAAGAAAAUUUUGAAGCAACAAAUCAGGGAGCAUGAAAAUUCUUAUGAAGAUCAAAUAAAGGAUAUGAAAAUAGAACAUGAGAAAGAAAUCAGCCAAGUGAGAAGCGAUUUCGAAGAAAAAGCGAAAGAGAUGGAAAUUAAAUAUGAGCGCAAGUUUCAUGAAGUGCGAAUUCAAUUAAACACAAAGCAUGACAUGGAAAUCUCAGAGGUCGAAGAAAGGAAAAAUAAUCAAAUCACCGCAUUAAAAAAGCAUCAUGAUCAGGCUUUCAACGAAAUGAAAAAUUAUUAUAAUGAUAUUACGUUAAAUAAUUUAGCGUUAAUUAGCAGCCUUAAGGACCAAAUGGAGGUGUUACGGAAACAAAACGAGCGUAUGAGCAAACAGGUGGCAGACCUAACUUCUGAAAAUAAGAAAUUGGUUAAUCCAUUGAAGCAAGCACUAGCGGAUGUUAAAGAAUUUAAACGACAACUACAGAAUUAUGAGAAAGACAAAAUCUCUUUGGCGAAUACCAAGGCCAAAUUAAAUGAAACAACUAAGGACUUGGAAGACCUCAGAUGGUCCAAUGAUGCACUACAAUUACGAUUUGCAAAGUUACAAGAAGAAAGGGAUGAGCUCCAUGACCGGUUUGUGAAAGCAAUUCUUGAAGUGCAACAGAAAACUGGGGUAAAGAACAUUCUGCUUCAGAAGCGAAUACAGACGUUGAGUCAAGUAUCGGACCAUAAGGAUGUCGUAAUUGGAGAGCUCACAACGUCUUUGAAAGUUUCUCCGGAUAAAACUAACAGGAAACUGGAGGAAAUCCUUUCAAGAAAAAAUUCCACUAUAAGUGAUUUGCAAUAUGAGUUGGCAAGAGUUUGUAAGGCCCACGAUGACCUCCUAUUUACAUUUGAGGAAAAACUGAAAAUGUAUGGUAUACCACAAUCAGAACUUGGAUUUACCCCAUUAAGGAUGAUUCCUCAAGGACAGGCCGGAUUGGCAAGAGGUCCAGCUGGAUUGGUAACUCAAAAUAAAUAAGUGAUAGAUUAAACUGGUGUUUCAAAUUAGUUAUCAAUUUUUCGAUAACAAUUACCAAUAAAAAUAUACACUUUUA